UGUCCAUAAUCGCCUCACUCCCGCAUCUACGACCUCCAUCGACUCAUCUGCUCAUCUCUCUCUCUCUCUCUCUCUCCUGUGUGAUUCAUCCUGCAAACAAACUAGCAUCAUGGUUAGCCAUAAGGAGUUUGAAACUGCAGGGAAGAAGCCAGGGCUGCAGGUGUGGCGUAUCGAGAACAUGGACCUCAAGCCGGUUCCCAAAGCCCUGUACGGCUCCUUUUACACCGGAGAUGCCUACCUGCUGCUCUUCACCACCUCAGCCCCGUCAUACAACAUUCACAUGUGGUUGGGGGAUGAGUGUUCACAGGAUGAGAGUGGAGCGGCGGCCAUCUUUGCCUCACAGUUGGAUGAUUUCCUGGGUGGUGGCCCAGUGCAGUACAGGGAGGUGCAGAACUACGAGUCCAACACCUUCCUGGGUUACUUCAAGUCAGGCAUCAAGUACCAGGACGGCACAUUGCGUGCUAAUUCCAUCCCCCAGAAAGGGGGUGUGGCCUCAGGUUUCAAACAUGUAGUGACCAACGGCGUGGAUGUAAAACGUCUGCUGCACGUUAAGGGUCGCAGGGUCAUCAGAGCAACAGAGGUGAAUAUGUCCUGGGACAGCUUCAACAAAGGAGACUGCUUCAUCAUUGAUCUGGGAAAGGACAUCUAUCAGUGGUGCGGCAGUGAGUGUAACCGUUUCGAGCGGCUGAAGGCCUCAGAGGUCACCAUCGACAUCAGAGAUAAUGAGAGGAACGGCAGAGCCAAAGUGCAUAUGGUGGAGGAGGGGGACGAGCCGGCUCCCAUCAUAGAGGUUCUAGGACCAAAAACCUCCAUCGCCCCCAGUACUCCGGAUGACGACAAGGUGGAGACUUCCAACAGGAAGAAGGCUGCCCUCUACAAGAUCUCAGAUGCAUCUGGCUCUAUGAAGGUGACAUCUGAGGCUGCAUCCAGUCCCUUCAAACAGGCCAUGCUGUCUCCAGAGGAGUGCUACAUCCUGGACAACGGGGUGGACAAGACCAUCUUUGUGUGGAAAGGCCCUAAGGCCAAUGCGUCGGAGCGUAAAGCAGCCAUGGCUGCAGGUCAGCAGUUCAUCACUGAUAAGGGAUACAGCAAAAAUACAACGAUCCAGGUACUUCCUGCAGGUGGCGAAACAUCUCUCUUUAAGCAGUUCUUUUCCGACUGGAGGGAUAAGGAUGAGACCACAGGUCCCAGUAAGGCCUACACUAUUGGCCGCAUAGCCAAAGUGAAGCAGGUUCCCUUUGAUGCCUCCACCCUACACACAAACAAAGCCAUGGCGGCGCAGCACGGCAUGGUGGACGAUGGCAAGGGCAAAGUCCAGAUCUGGCGUGUUGAGGAUGGUGCAAGUGUGCCCGUGGAUACCUCCUCCUAUGGUCACUUCUAUGGGGGAGACUGUUACCUCAUCCUCUACAGCUACAGACAGGGAUCACGGGAGCAGCACAUCAUAUACACAUGGCAGGGGCUGAAGUGCACGCAAGACGAACUGGCCGCUUCGGCGUUCCUCACAGUGAAGCUGGAUGACUCAAUGGGAGGAGCCCCAGUUCAGGUGAGAGUGACACAGGGUCAGGAGCCUCCCCACCUGAUGAGCAUCUUCCAGGGCAAGCCAAUGAUCAUCCACAGUGGAGGAACGUCACGCAAAGGUGGACAAACACAAGCCGCCAGCACUCGCCUCUUCCACAUCCGGCAGAGCUCCUCCAAUGCUACCCGUGCAGUGGAGGUCAAAGCUACUGCCUCCAAUCUGAACACCAACGAUGUGUUUGUGCUGAAAACCUCAAGUGCCUUGUUUGUGUGGCGUGGCGUGGGUGCCAGCGAUAAGGAGAUUGAAGCGGCCAAGCAUGUGGUGGCUUUCCUGGGUGGUAGUCCCAGCAAUGUGUCAGAGGGCAAGGAGCCAGCUGACUUCUGGUCUGCUCUGGGAGGCAAAACGGUUUACCAGACAUCAAAGAGUCUGCAGAGCGGGAUCAGACCCCCACGUCUCUUUGGCUGCUCCAACAAAACAGGAAACCUCAGUGUGGAAGAAGUUCCUGGAGACUUCACUCAGUCAGAUCUGGCCACUGAUGAUGUAAUGCUCCUGGACACCUGGGAUCAGGUCUUCAUUUGGAUUGGCAAAGAUGCCAAUGACGUGGAAAAGGAAGGAGCUCCCAAAAUAGCAAAAGAAUAUGUGGACUCGGAUCCCUCCGGUCGCAAAGGAAUUCCCAUCACCACCAUCAAACAGGGAGCAGAGCCUCCAACUUUCACUGGCUGGUUCCAGGCUUGGGAUCCCAAGAUGUGGGACACAGAUCCAUUGGACCGAAUCCGUGCCCGCUUCUGAACACAGAACUCCAGGCUCUCCGUCUAUGUCUGACUCCUUACCUAUCCUGCAGUCCCUAAUGCUGUUUUUAUUCAUUUUAAUUUCAAUCCCCAAGUGCCAAAAACCAAUGCUAUCGCCGUUAUCACCCUUAAUAGCUGCAACAGCGGCAACAGUGCAGUGCACUGGGCUUCAUAAACAGGAAUGAAUCACAUCUGCAUGCAAACGAUGGCUUCUGCUAGCAGUUAUGUUUAAUUGGUCAAAAUGGUUGAUUGAUCAUGUCCAAAAGCCUGUCACCUUUACAUGUUUAGCAAAUACUCACUGAGGGCUCUGAUAGGAAUAAGAAAUAAGAAAAUACGAAAGCCAUUUAGGCAGCUGGACAAAUCCUCUGUUUCUGUUUUUUUACUGUUCUACAUGUGUGUUCAGAAGGAGCCAUUCUCUCAUGCUUUCUUUACAGUUUCUGUAUCAAAACAGCUUACUUCUUUACUACACAUAAAUGCAUGGUGUUUUAUGAUUGAUAAUGGAAAGUUGUACACUUGCUAUGAGUUGCACUGAGCUUUUUUUGGGGGGGGGGGGGGAGAAUCUGUGCUCAUGAAUUUAAGAGUCACACAAUGGUAAAUGGCCUGUAUUUGUACAGCGCUUUUCUAGUCCCUAAGGACCCCAAAGUGCUUUACAUAAUCAGUCACCCACCCAUUCACACACGCAUUCACACAAUGGUAUGUGUAUGUCACAUGUUAAAAAUGUACUAAAUGAGAUUUUCACAUAGAUGACUUUUAAAUAAAGCUCACAGUGUUUCAAA